UAUUGUUUACUUUCGCGCCAAAUGGAGGUGUUGAGGCUGUCAAUGAAAAAGAAAUCUGGGUACGAGCAAAAUCCUCGCCCCAGAUCUAAUCGGCUAGCCGACGAGUUAGGACAAUAUGGCGGCCAUACCUGGGUUUUUGCAUUUUUACAGCUCGAAAGACUAUUGUACCAUCAGUUUAGUGCAGAUCUUGGCAGCUUGGACGGCUGUCGCUGUUUCAAAUUAUGCUUCGCCAUCCACGUCAUUGAUAACAAGCACAGCAGUGUCACUGAGGCUGUUUUGUAUGGUGUUCUCUGUGUUAUGUUUCACUCUCAUUCGGAUGAAAUCGCGGAUAAAAUUGACGAUAUGGCARGUUGUCAAACUGAUCAUAUUGGUAUUUGGAUCAGCAGCAGUAUUCCAUCUUAUUGCUAUAUUGUUUGGAGCUUCAAUCUUGGAACAGAGUGAAGAGACGUUCUGUUGGGCCUUACUGAUGUCUCUUCUGGUUGUCCUUCCUGCCUGUAGUUUGCUAGGAGCACAGAUGGAACUCGUACCAAGGAUAUUUUUCAGUGCCUGGUCCGAUGCCACACCUGAAGCAUAUUUCCAGUGUUCCAUCGUAUUUACACUGAUAGGAGCAUGGCUGGGUGCUUUUCCAAUUCCCUUGGACUGGGACAGGCCCUGGCAGGUUUGGCCCAUUCCGUGUGCGAUUGGAGCCAUAGUGGGUUAUAUUGUCGGGCUUGGGGUUUCAACAGUGACGUAUACUAUGAAUGAAGAUAGAUUCCGACCGCGAUAAAACCAAAGCUCAUCUGGUUCCAAUGUUUGAUCUGCAUUACGAUAGUGCCGCUCCACUGAGCCAGCGGAGUUGAAGACAGGAGCGUGCAGUGGAAAAAUCAAAGCAGCUCACUUCCUACUGAAAUGCGACUUUGUUAUCGAGUUCAUUUGUCAUGUGGGUCUCGGUUACGAGUUUGGCAAUGCGCUGUGAGCUCUGUUGAGUUUAGCCCACAUCUUUCAUGAAUUGAUGGAGAGACUUUGCUCGAGUUUUUCCUUGGGUGAAUGCUUAAGGUCGGCACACACUUAGGGACAUGUUGCUAGGACGUGAAGCGGACACAAGCCCCUGCCGCCGUGUGUACGCAUUGGACGGUACCCAACUUGGUGCACACGAAGAUGGGGAUGUCGGCUCAUUUCUGUUGUAUCGGGUACGGUUUGCCAAAGUAGUCCACACGUUUUGAGAUUGAAAAUUGAGGUCUGCUCCAUGACACACGAAUUCAAACCAGCUGAUUAUGUACAACCGUCUGAACUUUUCCGUUAACCUGCGAUCAGGCCUUCUUUCUUUUUCCCUUCCCCGUUCGCCGGAAGA